AUGAAUCCAGACGCGCCAGCCUUUAUUCCCACAUUUGCUCGCGACAGCGUCCACCGUCGUGUGUACACUCGUGCAACAUUAAGGAAUAUUGAGUUAAAUGUGAUCCAAAACAUCUCCUGCGCUCCUUUGACAGGCGUCCAUUUGACCCUACGCACGCCGAAAGACUUUGCCGCACUUUUAAAGCUUCCAUACGCUAUUGAGUGGUUGGAUGUGGCUCAUGUGGUUUCUUUGGUGCGGAGUGGUCAGCGUGUCGUGCAGAAAGGCCCGCUUCACAGGGAUUCUUGUGAUCAAAACCAUGGCAAAAUCGAUAAUAAGCGUCCCCGUUGUAUUCAGUGCCAGCAGGGUCGGGAAAUGUGUACUUUGAUCGGUGAGGUGGUUGCCGCUUCAGUACGCCGUGCGGCCUCCAGUCGACUUGGAGCGGCGAUGCUUCAAUCCGGUGAUGUUGUAUGGGGUCUGUUGCAGCUGGCUUUGGUUUUUGAUGCCCGUCAAAGUUCCUUGCGGCUUCGCUUGCUGGCUGAGCGACAUCCAGGCGUGGUGGAAUGCAUUCGACAAUACCUCUGCGGUGAGGGGUAUCACCUUCCUCUUCCUAGUGUCACUGCGCAUGAGCAAUGGCAAGUUCUUAACUCUAUGCUGAAGUUUGACUGGAUCCGCGACAGUCGCACCCGGAUAUUUACAGAGAUUUCGAAACGAUGGAAAAAGCGUCAUACGCAGUUUGAACAGUUUGUGCAUUUCUUCGAGUACCGUGAUGAUCGUCCUUUGCACCCUGUGAAAAACAUGUUAACACAUUCAGCAAAGCCCGUGCUGGUUUCUAUUCUAUCUGGGGAUGUGCUUGCAGUAGUUUUGCUUGCGCGGUUGGGGUUUUUUGUGCCGCCUGAUUAUUACUGGGAAAUAUUCCCUUUCUUUUCUGAGAGCUUACUGGCUGGUGGUGACGGGGAAAUGUAUCAUCUCAUGCGACACCUUUGCCUAUAUUUUGAUGGACGGCAACGCGCCCUCCGCCGUGAUAUAUUCAAUCCCAUUGCUCCUCCCCGGUCGAUCUCUCAGUGA